UCAUCAUUUGCCUCUAGAACAAUAGUUAUUUUCGAGCACGUCUCUCGCGGAUCUCCAACUUCGAUUGUCGGAUGACCGUUGAAAAUGGCAGAAGUGAUCAACCCAGUCAUUCCAAAUCGUGCCGACGAUGACAAAUACGUCUACUUCCACUCGGGAUCCAAAGUGACAUACCGCAAAAUUGCCGAGAAGCCAACAUCGUUCACUUCUAUCCCAACCAUCGACAUUGCCGACAUAGACAGCGAAUCCCUGGAAGUUCGGAAACAAAUAGCCUCGCGCAUCUACGAUGCGUGCCACAACGUCGGGUUCUUCUAUGUCAAAAAUCACGGUAUACCCAAACACAUUGUCGACUCGACAUUCGAAAUCUUGAAGCGCUUCUUCUCCCUGGACCUAGAAACGAAGUUGGACGCCCACGUUCAGAAGAAUCCAGCAAUCCGAGGCUAUGAGCCGAUGCUUGAGACGAGACUGGAUCCCAGAACUAAAGGAGAUAUAAAAGAGGCAUUCACCAUGGGAGACUGCGUCAUGGAACCCGAGCAAGACUACACGGGAAAGACGGGCCUCCCGCCUCCACCAAACAUCACAAAGCCCCAGAACAUAUGGCCAAGAAAUGCUCCAUUUUGGCGUGAAGGGCUGUAUCAGUACUAUAACCAAGUCCUCCCCCUUGCCAUGAAGCUCGUCCGGAUCUUUGCGCUUGCCUUCCAUCUGCCAGAAACCGAGUUUGAUCAGAUGUUCAAGUUCCCCAUCACGGGGAUGCGGGCGCUAUACUAUCCUCCCACGCCGGCUGACGGUGACUCUCACAAUGUCGGACUGGGCGCACAUUCCGAUUUUUCAUGGAUCACUCUCGUGCUGCAAGACGCCGUGCCAGCUCUCGAAGUGUUGAACCAGGAUGGUGUCUGGAUUGACGCACCCCCGCAGCCCAACACCCUUGUUUGCAACGUUGGCCAGUACUUGGAACGGCAAACCAACGGCAAAUUCCCAGCCACUGUACAUCGCGUACGGAACAAAACUGGUCUUGAACGGUACUCGUUGCCGUUCUUCUUGACCAUGGACCCGGACGUGGAUCUUGGUGUCAUGGAUUGCUGCAUCGAGGACGGCGAGGAGCCCAAAUUUGAAAAGAUCAAUGUGGGAGAUCUCUACAUUCGGCGCGUUCUACCUGCACGUGAUAAGCAUCCAACAAGCAUCAGAUACAAAGAUGUGCCACAGGAUCAGUGGAAGUAUGAUUUGCUGUUGAGCUGAGCUAUCAUGCGUUGCUGGCUUCUGCUUCAAAUUCUCGAGUAGAUACCGAAUAUCACUGCUCCACAUGGCUACAAUCGGACU